ACUGAUAUGUGUCGGAGCGCGUGUGUUCGUGUGUCUCUGAGUGACAUUUCUGUGGCAUUUAUGCAGUAGUUGUUGAUAGGAAGUUAUCUCUCUCUGCUCAAAGUGACUUAUAGAGUGCCCGCUCCAUGCAUGACGACUCUAAUGAUGAUUAAUGUGCCGUGCUCAGGUGUGUGUGCGCUGUGGAUGUGUGUGACAGGGCAGAGCAGACGGCCAGUGUGUACUUCUGGAUGGUUUUUUUUACCAUGCAGAUGUGUGUGAACAUGUGGCGGACAGUUGAGCUUUAAAUUGUCAUGCCCCGGGGAGUCCGCGUGUGUGCUUCUUUCAAAAUGUGACAGAGUUGGCUUUUCGCCAGCACUCUUGCUGCUGUCUGUGUUUACAUGGAUUUUAUGUGGCAAAACACAAGAAGAAGAAGAAGAAAGGAGGCGACAAAAAGCAGGACCCUCCCCCCUUUCUGGCUUUUAUUCCUCUCUUGCCCCUCUGUUUUAUCUUACAGAGAGAGAUGAUCGGAGAAGAGGAGUCUCAGUGAACAGAGUGAAGCGAUGGAGAGAUGCUCCAUCUCUCCUGUCGCACGACUGACUGGCCUCAUCUCUCUCCUCCUGGUUGCUUUGGUGACACAGCCCUCCACCUGUAACCGUGACGACAGAGAGGCCGAGGAGCAGGUGGACGCCCUGUCGGUCCAGCUGUCCGUCACCGCCCAAGUCACGCCCACCCCUCUGUGGGCGGUGGUCUGGGGUCCCACGCAGCAGCUGGAGGACGAGACCUACCACUUCCUCUCCAGCCAGGAAACCGAUCACCUGUACCUGCACGGGAACCAGCAAGAGGCCAGCACCGCCACGCCUGAGAACUGGCUUUACCCCGACGAAAGCAUGCAGCCACCACUGGAGCCCAAGAAGGGAGUGGAGGAUGGUGGGACGGAGGCAGAGGAGACAGAGCCCGAGGAAGUGGACCCACAGUUCUACGUCACCGUGACCAUCUCCUCGCUGCUCAUCCUGACAGCAGUCAUCAUUACAGCCAAACUCUGUUACGAUCGCAGCUGUUCCCAGCAUCCGCCCCCGCUUUCCCGUGGCGUAGCACCCCCCCUCUCCCUCGCUCUCCCUCGCUCCCUUGCUUCGGAGGACAGCCGGCAGACGCUGCACAGCACCUCCUCCUCCUUCACCGACAGGGAGAGGAUCCCUGUUGUGAACCUCUGAGGUGACUGUUUUUCCAUAUGGUAAACAUUUCUACGGGGCCCGAGGAGGAGCAUCAACAAGACCGGAGGGUGCGCCCGCAGCACCGUUUUUAUUUUCUCUAAACUGUGAAAUGAAUUCAGGGAUCCCAGGUAUCCAGCCAUCACAAAACACUCCUGCUUCCCUGAGGUCUAAAAAAAACAAAAAACAAAAAAAGGAACAUCUGAACUCAUCUCCCUCCUUUCCUCCGUCCGUCCUUCCUUCCUUCCUCCUGGUUUGGUGUAAAUUUCUUUUAAUGUGGAUCUGCGUCACUGUGACAUGUUCUCCGUUUUCCAGCCUUUAUUUGGCCCCGAGCUCUGCUAAGCUUCGACCCGCCACGACUAAUUCACAAACAACCAGUUUAAACAACCAUGAAGCAUCCCAUUAUCCCCGAAAUGCCCUACCUGUGCUUCCACAACCGUUCCCACCGAUCCAGCCCCACAUGUGAAGCUGUUUAGUAUUAAUGGCAAUCCCGGCAGAGUCUUCUUUUUACAUAACAUGACACUCAAAUUUGGCUCAGAUUAACAGGCUUGUAGAUGGUUAAAAAGCCAUUCUGAGCACCUCCACACACUGAACGGGGCAUUUCACAAAGCUGUUUGGCACGGCUGUAGCCAGCAGCCAAUGUGUUUAACAUGUCACGCUCCAAAAACUGCUGUUUAUUCCCCGCUUUGGGCGCCCAAAAUGCAAAUAGUGUGGCUAUAUCCCUCUGCACUAUGCAGAGGAGCCUGUUUUUGUUUCAGUUUUUCCUCAUGAUUUGUUCUUUUAAUUAUCUGGCCGACGUUCACCUUUUCUCGGCGAACCUUUUUUCUGCUGGACGCUGCAGAGGUACUUCAAAUAUUCAGGACGUGAAUGGAAGCGAGGAACCGUUCCUGCUGAAAAUCGAUGUUUCCCAAAGGUUUGGAUGGUACACUACAAAGACAGAUUGAUGUAUCAGUG